GGCAUGAGUUUAAUGUCUCUACCAAAAUCUUUGGUAUCUUUUCGUCUAAAGAAGAUAUCCAGACCGAGACUUACGAUCAGAAGUUGUGUAGAUAAAGUAUCGAAGUGUUAAUUCUUGCUAAAACUUACUGUUGAAUAUGUUCGUAUAAAUUAACCAGAGUAAUUCGCGUAUGAUAAGAAACUUCAAUUUAUCAUUUUUGCUGGCAGCUUAAAAAAUUGUGAAAUAUGAAGAAACAAUCAUGACAUGAUAGAUACGAAAAAAGAACUAGAAUUCCUCUAGGGAAAAAAAGCAAAUUUUAAUGAUGAAGAUUGGUUCAAUUUUUCUGCAUUUUCUAAUUCCCAUUGUAUUCGUAUUUGGUUUUAUUACUACGUGUGCUGGUGAAAAUGUAAAAAAAAGUGUUGAUGAUAAUAGAGAUGACAACGGCGAAACAAACGAUGAGUCCAAAGACGAAUCCCUGGACAUUCCCGUUGAAAGUGAACCCAACAAUAUUACGUGCACAAGAAGACAAAAUAGCCAAAUGCAUGAGAUACUGGCGGCAGGUCAUCAGCAAUUUCCAUUCAUGGCCGCCAUAAUGUCUCAACAAAACGAAUACUUGUGUUCUGGUGUAGUGGUCGCUAAUGGAUUAAUAUUAACUACAGCGCAGUGUACUCAGCAACCACUAAGUUACAUACUAUUAAAUACUACAACUGAUAAAAAAGACGACACCACCGUGUCGCUUCACGUGAUAAAAACUGAACGCUUCCCCACUUUUACUGGAUCGGACUCUCUAAAAGAUAUUGGUAUUGUGUAUACGGAGAAACACAAUAAUAGUAUUGCAACCAAAAUAAUUCUUAGCAAUUACACUAACCCUCGCAAUGUUCUUGACUUGGAAGGUAUAGGAUUUGGAUUGAAUGCUGAUAUUGGACAAACGAAAGAGCUUCAGUAUGUUGGUAUGGAAAACCGUUCACCAGAAGAAGUAACAGACGUUUUGAAAAUCUAUUUUGACUGCGUUGAAACCAAGGUAACAACAUGUUUCAAAGAUACUGGUGGCCCAGUUUUAUUUGAUAAGGAGCUUAUGGGUAUUGUCAUAAAAGGCCAAGAGGAAUGUUCAAAAGAAAUGUCAUCCACGUACGCUGUAAACAAAAGGAUGGUUGAUGUUAUACCGACGUAUGCUUUUAAGGCGUGGCUAGAUGAAAAAAUUAAAAAGAAUGAUGAACAAGAACAUGUUGCACUAGUGGCUUAUCCAGGACUACCAGUUAGAAGGGCACAUAAUCUCGAAGGUCUUCAUAAGUUCACGAGUUCGAGAGUAGAAAUAAGUACAUCAACUCCUGCGCAUAUUUUUACAGGAAUUGUGUGUAUCUUUGCACUUUAUUGAAGUAUUAUUUAUUAGUCCUUUACUGUAAAAAUCGUGUAAAUUUUUUGUGACUUAAUAAUAGAUUUUGCGUUUUGGACAAUACUUUUCUAUUUAUUUGCGUUUGUAUUGGAACUAUGAUGUUAUACUUUAAAAUAAAUGUGGAAACAGUGUAUUUUAAA